GAUCUACUUCCUCACACUCUUCUUUUACCUCUUUCUGAUUUUUCUUUCAGCGCACAGAAACGAUGGCUUCCGAUUCUUCUCCUAUGAAUUUCAACAACGGUCCUUCAUCCCCGGACGAUUCCCUCUCUAGUCCUGUCGGCAACACGUUCUCUUCGCCGGCUCAGAGACGCCGCCGUCGCUCUUCCACUCCCUCCGCAUUUGCAACUCCACCGCACCGGUCCCGUUUCGCCUCCUCUGAUGCAACCCCAACUCCCUCACGCUCCCGGCAAAGAGGCAGCGGCAUCAGUGGUGGCGCGCGCAUUCCCGCCACGCCCACCUCCACUACCGACGACGUGCCGGUCUCGUCGGACGGGGGCGACGGUUAUGACAUGGACGACGUCAGGCCCACCUUCGUGUGGGGUACGAAUAUAAGUGUGGAAGACGUGAACGAUGCGAUUCAGAGGUUUUUGAGGGACUUCAGAGAAGCAUCUUCGUCGCAGGGUGAUGACGAUGGGUUACAUUUGCAUACGGAAGGGAAGUAUGAGAAGUUGAUCAAACAGGUUAUAGAAAUUGAAGGGGAUUCUCUGUAUGUUAAUGCGUGUGACGUGUUUGAUCAUGACCCUGAUUUGUACACCAAGAUGGUUAGGUACCCCCUCGAGGUGCUUGCAAUAUUUGACUUGGUUUUGAUGAAUAUGGUCAGCCGAAUCAAACCCAUGUUCGAGAAGCACAUUCAAACUCGGAUUUUCAAUCUCAAAACUUCAAUCUCAAUGAGGAAUUUGAACCCAUCAGAUAUUGAGAGGAUGGUGUCGUUGAAGGGAAUGAUCAUAAGAUGUAGCUCAAUCAUACCGGAAAUUAGGGAAGCUAUAUUUAGGUGUCUUGUUUGUGGAUUCUGCUCUGACCCAGUUGCUGUGGAGAGAGGACGAAUAACUGAACCCACUGUAUGCUUGAGGGAAGAGUGUCAAUCUAGGAACUCCAUGACACUGGUUCACAACCGAUGCAGGUUCACUGACAAGCAGAUUGUGAGGCUCCAGGAAACACCUGAUGAGAUACCAGAAGGAGGUACACCUCACACAGUCAGCUUGCUGAUGCAUGACAAGCUUGUGGAUGCUGGAAAGCCAGGUGACAGAGUUGAGGUGACUGGUAUUUAUAGGGCUAUGAGUGUGAGGGUUGGACCAACUCAGAGAACUGUCAAGUCAUUGUUCAAGACAUAUAUUGAUUGUCUUCACAUAAAGAAGACUGAUAAGUCCAGGAUGCUGGUAGAUGAUGCAAUGGAUGUUGAAAACGGCGCAGGCAGAAACGCAGAAGAAGUUCUCUUUGACGAAGAAAAAGUGGCUCAACUGAAGGAGCUCUCAAAACAGCCAGAUAUAUACGAAAGACUGACAAAAUCAUUGGCACCAAACAUCUGGGAGCUCGAUGAUGUGAAGAAAGGUCUUCUUUGUCAGCUUUUUGGUGGCCAUGCUUUGAAAUUGGCUUCUGGUGCUAGCUUCCGUGGUGAUAUAAAUAUUCUUCUUGUUGGUGAUCCAGGGACAAGCAAAUCCCAGCUACUUCAAUAUAUACACAAACUCUCUCCACGUGGCAUUUACACCAGUGGAAGAGGAAGCUCAGCUGUUGGAUUGACUGCUUAUGUAACCAAGGACCCUGAAACAGGCGAAACUGUUCUAGAGAGUGGUGCCCUAGUUUUGAGUGACCGAGGAAUCUGCUGUAUAGAUGAGUUUGACAAAAUGUCUGACAAUGCAAGGAGCAUGUUACAUGAGGUAAUGGAACAACAAACCGUUUCAAUAGCAAAGGCAGGUAUUAUUGCUUCCCUCAAUGCUAGGACUUCAGUGUUGGCUUGCGCAAAUCCUAGUGGAUCAAGAUAUAAUCCUCGUCUGUCCGUUAUUGACAACAUACACCUUCCUCCCACACUUCUGUCCAGGUUUGAUUUAAUUUACUUGAUUCUUGACAAGGCUGAUGAACAGACUGACAGACGACUUGCCAAACAUAUUGUUUCCCUACACUUUGAGAAUCCCGAGAACAUGGAGCAGGAUGUAUUGGACCUUUUUACGCUAACUGAUUAUGUUAGCUAUGCCCGAAAGCACAUACACCCACAGCUGUCUGAUGAAGCUGCUGAAGAAUUGACUAGAGGUUACGUGGAAAUAAGAAGAAGAGGAAAUUUUCCUGGGAGUAGCAAAAAGGUGAUAACAGCGACACCAAGACAGAUUGAGAGUCUGAUACGCCUCAGUGAAGCAUUGGCUCGGAUUCGCUUCUCAGAAUGGGUUGAAAAGCGUGAUGUAAUGGAGGCAUUUCGGCUUCUGGAAGUUGCAAUGCAGCAGUCUGCAACGGAUCACUCUACUGGAACUAUUGACAUGGAUCUUAUUACCACUGGAGUUUCGGCAAGUGAAAGGAUGAGACGAGAAAGUCUGCAACAAGCAACUCGCCACAUAAUCAUGGACAAGAUGCAAAUUGGGGGUCCAUCUAUGAGGUUAUUGGAGUUGUUGGAAGAAUUGAAGAAACAGAAUACUGGCAUUGAAGUUCAUCUUACUGAUCUGAGGAAUGCAAUUGCUACUCUCGCUAGCGAAGGAUUUGUUACCAUGCAUGGUGACAGCUUAAAAAGGUCGUGAUUACAUGAGGCUCAUUAGUGCUCAGUGGACUUUGAUAUUUAUGGUGGCUACUGGUUUUCUGCAUUAAUUGUAACCCUUUUAGCCAACAGUUCGGUACCCGGUGCUAAAUGUUUCAUAUAUAGUUUUAUGUAUACAGUAAAUUUGU